UACGUUUGCGUUUGCGGGUGCGUUUGUGCAACAUCUCGCGGGCACUGCUCUCAAGAGGCAUGUUGGAAAAAUGUUGCGGUAUUUUGCACAACUUCGACGGUUUAGCAGCAAAAAGAGUGAUUUCUCGUUUAUUACGACGCCAAUAUUCUACGUGAAUGCCGCGCCCCACAUUGGUCACCUCUAUUCGGCGGUCAUUGCCGACGCCAUCCAUCGCUUCAACGGCUUGCUGAACGAUCCUAGCGGCGCUUCGCUGUUCAGCACCGGCACGGACGAGCACGGUACCAAAAUUCAGCAAGCCGCCGCAAAGCACUCCGUCCCCGUGGCCACCUAUUGCCAGCAAAUCUCCGACCAGUACCGGUCGCUGUUCCGCGAUUUCAACGUCGAACACUCACGCUUCAUUCGGACAACCGACGAUGACCACGCGGUCGCCGUUCAGAGCUUCUGGAAGGCUUUGGAGGCGAGUGGGAGCAUUUAUUCGGCGCAGUAUUCCGGCUGGUAUUGCGUACCGGACGAGACGUUUCUUACCGACAGUCAGCUCAAGGAGAACGAUCAGGGUGUGAAGGUAUCUGUGGAUUCUGGACAUCCGGUGGAAUGGACCGAGGAGCGUAAUUUUAUGUUCCGUUUGGAACGCCACCAAGCAGACGUGCUGCACUGGAUCAAGGGCUGCGAGGAUCGAGUGGUUCCCGGGAAGUUCCAGAAGAUCUUGCUCGACUUUUUGGAGGAACCACUGCCGGACAUUUCGAUUUCGCGACCUCAAGCUCGAGUAUCGUGGGGUAUUGAGGUCCCGGGAGACCCAACCCAGUCAGUUUACGUUUGGUUGGAUGCCCUGGUCAACUAUCUCACCGUCGCGGGUUAUCCGCAUCCAGAGUUCGGCCAGCGGUGGCCACCGACGGUGCAGGUACUAGGGAAGGACAUCCUAAAAUUCCACGGCAUUUACUGGCCAGCGUUUUUGAUAGCAGCUGGGUUGGAACCUCCACGGAAGCUGCUGGUUCACUCCCACUGGACGGUGGACAACCAGAAGAUGUCCAAGAGCAAGCUGAACGUGGUCGAUCCGAACGAACGGGCCAGCUUGUACACGCAUGAGGGAUUGCGAUUCUUUUUGCUCAGAGAGGGCGUGGCGCAUAGCGAUGGAAACUACAGUGACACCAAAGUGAUGCGAAUCUUGAACGCUGAACUAGCGGACACGUUUGGAAACCUGCUGUCACGGUGCUGUGGCAAGGCAUUGAAUCCGGAAGGUAUUGUUCCAACUAUGAAUCCGGAAGUUUUCAAUGAACUUGGAAAGUUGGAAAUCACCAAAAAGAUGCUUGAUUUGUUGCAUGCAUUACCAGAGAAAUGCCUCUCCCACUACCGCAACUUUAACUUCUACCUCGUGGUGGACAGCGUAAUCCAGGUGCUCCAUGCAACGAAUAACUUCUUCGAAACCACCGCUCCGUGGAAGCUGAAGGCGCCCGAGCAGCGCGACCAGCUGAACACCAUCUUGGCGCUAACGAUGGAGGUUCUGCGGCAAACGGGGAUCAUAAUGCAGCCUAUCGUGCCCCAGCUGAGCGGGAAGUUACUGGAUAAGUUGAGCGUUUCGCGGCACCGACGGCUGUGGCUAGAUUUGCACGGGCAGUUUGACCGGAAGCAGAGAUCUUUGGCGGAGAUCGAUGCCGUACUGUUUCGAAGGAUAGUGCCGCCAAAGGUGGAAGAGGUUAAAGCGCCGAAGGCCAAGAAGGUUAAGAAAAGAAACUAGUGAGGGAAUUAAAAGCGUUGUCUAAUGA